CAUUGAUUAUUUGUUAGGAUACAGUUUCUACUCCCACUUAGAUCCGUUGAUCUGCCGGGUAGACUGAAACACUUUUUUCCAACUCAUUUUUUAUGAUUAUCCUUAUAGCGCUUUCCGGCUUUGCUUCCCUUGGAACUUCCGGUCUCGGGAUGGUUCUACCAUCAUUCUGGACACUUUGUGUCAAUUUCGGCCUUUUUAGGCAUCGCUCUUGUGUGGAUAUCAGCUCAGGUUAUCAUUUUUGGCAGCACUUUGUGUUGAUUGGUAUGCCGGACUUUUCCGCAGUUUCCGACGAUUUUUCCGGCCCAAUCCCGCCCCUCGGCUCGGAUUUUAUUCCGAAAUUUUCCCUACUCCAUUACCCUAUCCUCCUACAUCACCAUUUACUCCAACUUCGGCUCUUGAUUCAUGGCUUUCGAGGGCUCAAGCGUACUUGGGGGAUACUGCUGUAUUCCAGUCCUGUAUUCCAAUUUUCGGACCGGCUGCUCCCGAUUUUUCCGAAUUUCGGAACUUGUUUUAGUCUUUUGAGACUUCAGAACACUUUCCGGCCGGCCCGGACUUCGGAAGUUACGUGGUCAUCCAUUCUUUUGUUGAUUAUUUUGUUACGAGUUUACUUUGUUUCAAUCUGGUUUUUGUUUGCUUUAUGAUGUUUCUUUGACCCCCUACAUCGGCAGGCCGAUCCUUUCCAGUUUCUCUGAAACUUCCACUUUUAAUUUAUUCUUCACUACUGGAUCUAAUCCAAUCCCUUUGCUUUACUAUACUUUACUAUUUCACUGCACACAUAUUCAC